AAGCACUUAGACCCAAUUUUCAUGACCCAUCUUCACCUUUUUCAUCACUUCUAUUACAAAACAAAAUAAACAUUAAAAUAAUCGCUCCAACAAAAAAAAAAGCCCACCAUUUGCUUUUUAUGUAUAAUUUCAUUGAUAGCCAUAAACUUAAAGAAAAGAAAUACAGAAGAUGGCUACACAGAUCAAACCAAAGAAGCCAAAUUCGCAUUUCAGCCUCUGCACCACUCUCUUCUUCACCGUCCUCUUCACCAUCCCCGCCCUCUUCCUCCUCCGCACCUCCUCCUCUUGCUCCUCCCCCUCCUCCGCUGGCUCAGCCUUUUCUUCCUCCUCCGACGCCGUCUAUCCACGGUGGUCCGGCGAUCUCCGGCAAGCCGAAUUCGCCUGGAACCGCCUCUCCCUCACGGCGGCCAACCCUCCUCCGGCCACCCUCAAGAUCGCCGUCUUCUCCCGGAAAUGGCCUGUCGGGUCAACUCCCGGCGGAAUGGAGCGCCACGCCUUCACUCUCCACACCGCCCUCGCCCGCCGCGGCCACCGCGUCCACGUCUUCACCUCCCCGCUGAAUCACUCGCCGGAAAACAAGAACGCCCCUGUCUCCGGCGACCUUGAGUUCCCGAGAAUCCACUGCCACGGCGAGGCCGAGCCGGGUAAAUGGCGGUACAACAAGGCGUGGGAGCUUUUUCAGGAGGAAAAUCGGAAAGAGCCCUUCGACGUUGUUCACUCCGAGAGCGUCGCCUUGCCUCACUGGAUCGCCCGUGACGUGCCAAACCUCGCGGUUUCGUGGCACGGCAUAGCGUUGGAGAGCUUGCAGUCGAGCAUUUACCAAGAUUUGAUCCGUAAACCGGACGAACCCAGAUCUCCGGGUUUCAACCAAAGCCUCUACAAUGCCGUGCUCCCUAAGAUACUCGACGAAAUCCGAUUCUUCCACAACUACGCUCACCAUAUCGCCAUCAGCGACAGCUGCGGAGAAAUGCUCCGAGAUGUGUAUCAAAUCCCGGAUAAAAGGGUUCACGUGAUUCUCAACGGAGUGGACGAAAACGGGUUCAAACCAGACCAGAAACUACGUUUACAGUUCAGAUCUCAGAUCGGUAUCCCGGAAAACUCGUCGGCGAUUGUCUUAGGUGUCGCCGGAAGAUUGGUCAAAGACAAAGGGCAUCCAUUGUUAUACGAAGCAUUCGCGAAACUCGUCCAAAAACAUCAAAAUUUGUAUCUUGUCGUUGCCGGGUCAGGACCGUGGCAAGAACGUUACAAAGAUUUAGGACAACGUGCCAUAAUCUUGGGAUCUCUGAAUCCAAUGGAGCUCAAGAUCUUCUACAAUGGGAUCGAUAUAUUCGUGAAUCCGACACUGAGGCCACAAGGGUUAGAUCUGACGUUAAUGGAGGCGAUGCUGAGCGGGAAACCGGUUAUGGCGUCAAGGUAUCCAAGCAUAAGGAGGAGCAUUGUCGUGAACGAAGAGUUCGGUUUCAUGUUCGCACCGAACGUGGAGGCAUUGACGGCGGCCAUGGAGGCUGCGGCGGCAGAAGGGGCGGAGAGGCUGUCGGAGAGAGGGAGGAAGUGUCGGAAAUACGCGGCGGAGAUGUUCACGGCGACCAAGAUGGCUUUGGCUUAUGAGAGGCUCUUUCUCUGUAUCAAGCAUGAGAGGUUUUGCAAUUACCCUUGAGAUUUUUUUAUUUUAAUUUUCUUUCCUUUUUUUAUUGGUUCUGAUCUGUAUAAUUUAUAAAAAAAAAUAUUAGCAUUUAAAUACGCGAAUCAUCAUUACACUCAAUGGAAGAGA